CCCGCUUGCCUGCUCUUGGACAGUGUGUCUUCUCGGAGGACCGGAGACUCCCGCCUGCAGACUCCUCCGCUUUUUAAGGUCUGUACAGCAAUAAUAAUUCAAGGACCAGCAAAGAACAAAGGUCAUGUCAAGAAAAAUAUAAGUUGUCACAUCCCGUGUAGCAAGACUUGGAUUGCUGUGGACUUAAUAAAGAACUAUAAUAAGCUUUUCCAUGUACAGCAACGGGCAGCUAUGGGCAGGAGAAGACCGAUCGAUGGUCAGCCGCAUGCAGAAGAAGUUUUGGGAAACUAAACAAGUGUUAAUUAAGGUUACGGGGAAGAAGGAGGAUGAACAUGUGGUUGCGUCAGAUGCUGAGCUGGAUGUCAAACUUGAGAUAUUUCAUUCAAUUCAAACAACAGGAUCCGAACUGCUUAAAAUUAUUGAAAAAUAUCAUCAAGCUCUCAAUGCCCUGUCCCUGGAAGAAAAUGACUUUGGCUUGCACUUGAAAGUACAUGCUCAGCAAAACAGCACAAGAGCUGGGAAAAUGAUGAAAGUCACUGGCAAUGCGUUGUGCUCAUCUGCUGGCCAGAGGUUAGGCCUGUGUGCUCCGCUUUCACGGCUUCAGCAAGAAAUGGCCACUUUUACUAACCGAGCAGUCUCGGAUACCUUACUGACCAUCAACCAAAUGGAAAAGGCACGGACCGAAUACAGAGGAGCCCUGUUAUGGAUGAAAGACGUCUCCCAAGAGCUAGACCCUGACACCUAUAAGCAGAUGGAGAAAUUCAGAAAGGUGCAAAUUCAAGUGCGAAAUACUAAGAGUCACUUCGACAAGACAAAAAUGAAUGUGUGCCAGAAGGUAGACCUUCUCGGAGCUAGCCGGUGCAACUUGCUAUCACAGUCACUCGCCUCUUAUCAGACAACACUUUUGCACUUUUGGAAAAAGACAGCACAAUUAAUGUCUGAAAUACAGAAGGAAUUUCAAGAGAUGCUUCCAUACACCCCAUCGUAUCUGAAGGCGCCAAAACAAAACUCUGAACAUGAUAAUGUGGAGAAGACGGACAGUUGUGGGGAUGGUCAGGUGGAUAACCAUAUGCUGCUUACAUUACAAGAGGAAACACUAAACAACCAAGAAGCAAUAUCCGAUAAUAUGAAUAGCAAUUUAUUUGACUUGGAGGAUCCGGAGAAGACUAAUACUCAGAAAGAACCUCGGCAGCUAUUGUUGGACAAUUUUGAAGGGGAGGAUUUUGAUCAGGAGUUCUCAUUUCUAAGUUUGCAGCCCACCAUGUCUCCAGCGUUUUCACAAGAAGAACAAGAUAUUUUUGAGUGUGGCCAAUCGAACACUUGGACAAAACAGACAGAGAGUUUGUCUGGAUUUCUUCCUUCACAGCUGCUUGAUAUGGGACUUCAGUCUGUGGGGGGACUCAGCAACUGGACAUUCCCAGGUUUGUCUUCAAAUGGCAGCAAGUCUGGCGGUUCUCUACAGAAAACUCCAGACCCUCCAACCCAAAUCCCAAAUACAGGAAAUUCGGACAUGUCGGCAUGGUUGAACAUGUUUGCAGAUCUUGACCCACUUGCAAGCCUUGGUGCCACCGGCCACUCAGACAAUGAACUUUUCAGUGCGUGACAAGAGCCGAGAUGAAGCGUGAUGUGAAAGGAUCGUUGUUGUGGCGCCUUGAACAUCAAUCUAAGAAUACUUUUUGAACUCAGCAGGAGAUGAGCAAACUACUUAAAGUGCUUUUAAUGAAGUUCCUGUCCCUCCCCAGUUAUCAGUAUUGUAGUUUGAUCCCAUCUUCCAAGGAGCUUUUAUUUUACUUCACUUUUCUCAAGUAUCGCUGCAGAUUUGCAAUCAAAGGGAGUCCGUCACAUCAUUUUCGCUGAUAUAACGAACAGCAUUGCCCCUCAGAAGUUUGUGAAAGCAUUCCAAACAUGCCUGUGUGUAAUUCGCGUAUUUUUUGCAAUGUCCAGGAAAAGCACUUUUAGGAUGUCUUCACACGUCGCCGAAUUUUUCAUGACUGAAAAUCAGUUCCAUUCAUUGAACGGGACAGCAAGCACACAGAUCUCUGAAACCCCAUUCAGGUGAAUGGCACUGAUUUUCAGUUACGGAAAAUUCUGCAUCAAAAUCAGCAGCAUGUGUGGGUACCCUUAUCUGCUGAAAACCGUCUCCCAAGUGCCCAAGUCCGCCGCUCCUAACCCCCCAAGGCUUCUUCUCCCCUGAUGUCACGUCACCACAGCUAGCUGCCAAGGAAUAAGCCACUCUGCUUCCAGCAAUAUUUACAAGCGUAGGCCGCAGCGCCUGCACAGAACAUAUCCCUGAGGCAAUAUCCCACAAAGGGAAUGUACCUCGCAGGCGGUGAAAGAGCAGCUCUGGGGAGAGGAGAGGUGGGCUUGGGCUUUUGGAACAACAAAGCCUGCCCAGCUUGGAUACUUGGGAGCCGUUUUUCAGCAGAAUAAGGCCUCAUUCAGACGGCCGUACUGUUUUGCGGAUCUACAAAACACACAUACCAGCCGCGUGCGGACCGCACAUGGCCCCAACUAUAAUAGAAAAUUCCUAUUCUUGUCCAU